GAAUGGUGCAUCGCAGAGGAUACCUUGGUCAUACAUACCGACGCGCGUCCUCAUAGCCACAUCGCUCCGAAGAAUGACGUCUAAAUGCCCGAGAUGCGAGAAGCCCGUGUUUUUUGCUGAGAAAGUGAGCUCCUUGGGGAAGAACUGGCACCGUUUUUGCCUGAAAUGUGAACGGUGUAAUAAGAUUCUCUCUGCCGGCAACCAUGCUGAGCACGAUGGGAUGCCUUACUGUCACCAACCAUGCUAUGGAAUGCUGUUUGGGCCAAAAGGUGUGAAUAUUGGGGGGGCAGGGUCUUAUAUCUAUGACACGCCCCCUCAGACACCCGUCAAUAAAACAUCCGAGAGCUCUCCCACUACACCAUGGACCCACUCAAACUCCGACAGACAACACAGCAAAGUGAUGCCUGUCCAGGUGAAGACAUUUGCUGGUGAAACAUCUCUGUGCCCUGGCUGUGGGAAAGUGGUUUAUUUUGCGGAGAAGGUGAUGUCAUUAGGCCGUAACUGGCACCGACCCUGUCUGCGCUGUGAGAGAUGCAAGAAAACACUGACCCCUGGUGGCCAUGCUGAGCAUGAAGGACGGCCCUUCUGUCAUGUGCCUUGCUACGGGUACCUGUUUGGGCCAAAAGGUGUGAACAUUGGAAAGGUGGGCUGUUACAUCUAUGAGAGAGACAUAAUGGAGGAUGAGAUUCCUAAUCAGUCUUAAAAAAGAUCUGCACAUCUGCAUGCACCCACACACGCCCACUCAUACACACACGCAUGCACACACACACACACACACAGACACACACACACACAGGUUGGAUUCUAUUCAUCCUGAUUUUUAGAAUAUAAAUGUAUCAGUAAUGGAACAGUUCUAGACACUUUACUGAAUUAUUUAAGACUAAAUUACACUAUUUAUGUGGUACACUGCAUGACUCUGAAAGCAUUUUAUUUGCAAACACUUACAUUACAUUACACUUACUUAUUCAGUCAUGAAAACACACACACACACAAAUGCAUUUCCAUGCCUUUGUGAUGCAUGUACCCCUUUGGAGACAUAUGUGGAAACUAUGUGACAUCACCUUAAACAUUACUGUUUUCAUUGUUGUAAUUAUUACAUAAUGCUACAAUCUGUUGUAAAAUAUCAAUACCAUUUGAUAAAGAUAAUUUCAGAUA